GAUGAAUCGAGGGUUAGUUUGCAACAUUUUUCUCAGACAUAAAUUUUGCAGCUGAAAAAAUGGCGCCGACCACAAGGGAUGUAGGAGACAAGGGUCAGCGGACAUCCAUUGUCUUUGAUGUGUCAAAGAGGGAGCUAUUUUCAACGCAAAAUGGAUUCAAACAACUCAACAAGAAACUCAGAUCAAACUGGAAAAUUGUCAGCAAUAAAGAUGAGAUCACAGAAGAAAAAUUAUCAAGUGCCAAGGUGUUUGUGAUUGCUGGACCGAGGGACAAAUUCACUGCCCCUGAGUUUGAAGCAAUCAAGAAAUACAUGGAGAACGGAGGGAGUGUCUUGGUCAUGGUCGGAGAAGGGGGAGAGACAAAGUUUGACACAAACAUCAAUUUUCUCCUGGAGGAAUUCGGUGUUAUGGUCAACAACGAUUGUGUUGUAAGAACGUCCUACUUCAAAUACUUUCAUCCAAAGGAAGCAUUAGUAUCGAAUGGAAUUUUAAACAGAGCAAUCAGUCUAGCUGCCGGAAAGAGCAUACCAGGGAGUGGUGAAGAGGAUGCACAAAAUGAUACUCAAGCAUUAACAUAUCUCUACCCAUAUGGAGCAACCCUUAAUGUAGUCAAGCCUGCCUCUGCCAUCUUAUCAACGGGAACUGUCUGCUUUCCUCUCAACAGGCCUGUCUGUGCGUUGCACUCGUCCAAGUACUCUAAAGGAAAGCUGGCUGUCCUUGGAUCUGUUCACAUGUUCUCUGACCAGUAUUUGGAUAAAGAGGAGAACAAUAAGAUCAUGGAUGUACUCUUCAAAUGGCUUACCACUGAUGAAGUGGUGCUCAAUGCCAUAGAUUCUGAGGACCCGGAGAUAUCAGACUAUAACUUCCUACCGGACACGUCUAAGCUCGCUGAUAAACUACGGACUUGUUUGCAGGAGAAUGAGGAUACGCCUAGAGAUUUCAACACCCUGUUUGAUGGAACUGUGUACAGCUUGGACACUAAAGUGGUUCCCAAAGUCGUCAGAGCGUAUGAAGCACUCAAUGUGAAGCAUGAAAACCUAGCGCUGAUCCAACCCCAAUUUGAAGUGCCACUGCCUCCUCUACAACCAGCGGUGUUUCCGCCAGCAUUUAGGGAACUUCCCCCGCCAGCCCUAGAUCUGUUCGACCUAGAUGAAUCGUUUUCGUCAGAGAAAGCCAGACUGGCGCAGAUCACAAAUAAAUGCACCGAUGACGAUCUGGAGUAUUACGUGCGGGAGUGUGGGGAUAUCAUGGGGAUCAGCAUGAAGCUCCCGGCAGACUCACGCGAUGCCAAACAUAUCCUGGAGCACGUCUUUGCCCAGGUGGUGGAAUUCAAGAAACUUAACCAGGAUGAAGCUGAUGAUGAGGUCAUGUGAUGACCAUAGAGGAAUAUGAUUGGAUGGUAAGGUCAUGUGAUGACUAUACAUGGAUAUGAUUGGAUGACCCCUUCUUUAUCUGUAUUCUUGACACUAUAGUGCUCUCAAAACCUUUUGAUGGACACCAUGUAAGGACUAACAUCAAGUCAUCAGGCCUUGACAGUGUUAACAGUUCCUCAGGUUCAACUAGCUUUGCCUUAAGCCCUUUGCACACUUUGCAAUCUGACAGUGACCCGGGGCCUGUAACACAAAGCUUAAAAUUCAUCAUAGACAAACAUCUUUAAUAGUGAUUGAUUGCAUUGACCACACUGUACAUUACAAUCAAUCAUGAAAAUCAAGUGUACGAUCAAUCGCUAGCCUUUGUGUUACAGAACCCCGGUUAUGGAGGAAAACAUGCAUUUUGCUUGAGAUUUGAAAGCUCAAAAAAGGAAAGUCAUUGUAUUUGAAAUUUCAAAGAUGAAAUUUCAAGAUGGGCAUAUGUACAUGUAUAAGCAAGAAUAUCCUAUGUUAAUCUCAGUUUGGUGACAAAAAACGGAUGGGUCAUUCUUUUACUCAGAUAGUAAAUGAAAAAAAAAUUGUUUGGCGCAUGUGUCGUAAAAAGUGUCAAGGUUUUACAAAUAACAUGUAGAUAGGUGUUCACAUGAAAAGAAGUUUUAUGAUGAUGCUAGGUUGGCAAAUCCUUGCAUUUAAUAAGAGUUAUUUAGAUCAUGUUGAUUAAUAUAUAAUGAUAUUAAUGAUAAUGAUAAUAUGCAACAUUUAUAUUGGCUUAAUACAAAUGUUUCAAAGGGCUGCAUACUAUUACCCCGGCUUUAGCACGGCCACCCUGAUCGGGCACAUCAAGCAUUCAAGGAACUCCUUCCUAUUGAGUUUCAUGUGCGUUAUUUGGUCUUACAUUCAGUUACCACUGACAGGUACAUGAGCAAUCCAUAGAUACUUUACAUAUGAUCAUCUUCACCUUGAAAUUGGUCUAAAAAAGUUGAGAUCAUCUACUUGUUUUAUUGAUUGUAAUCAGUCAUAAUUAUUUAUUAAAACACACGUAGGGCCUAAGUGUAUAUGUAAAUGUACAUAUAGGCAUGUGUUUUCAUGUGUUUAGUCAGUAAUACACGAUCUGGCAUGUGUUCAUGAAAGUAAAAAUAUAUUUGCUAGAUAAUCAGACUUUUGUUGUAUGAAUUUUCAAAAGUCACUACUUUAGUAAUCACAAGCAUUGGCCUGCCUUGUGAAAAUACAGUGACUAUGUAUAAUUGUAUAUUUUGCUUGUCUAUUUAUUGAUAAUGACUACUUAUACUCAUUAGUUUAAUACUUUUAAUUAGUUUUGACUUACAAAACACUCCUUUUGAUGUAUAUGUCUGAGGAUGAUGCUCUUAAAUGAUCUCUGAUCCAAAAGUUCUUGGUUUACUAAUACGAGCAAAGAAAUUUCAAAAUUUUGGGGCACUGUAGGUUCUUGAAAAAAAAAAUCAAGUUUGUAACGCGAAGGUUUGCAAUUAAUCACAAAUCAAGAGGGGGGAAAAUCUGGAGUUUUUGGUGAAAUCAUGCUCAUGGAAUGCAAUCUACUGCAUAUUCAUUGAUGGGAUAACUUGUUAAAUAUGUAUAGUUUCCACUUAUUCAUGACUUAUACUCGACGUAUCACAACAAAGAAAAUGUAUCUUGUUUCUGAGGCAAUUUGUUAUGCCUUGUCUACUGUUGAGACAAAAGUGAUGCUAAGCUUUGUUGCUGAGUAUUGUCUCACUAUGUCUUAAUGACACUUUACAAUUCAGAAUCACCUUGAACUACAUCUGUCUGAAUAGUUUGCAGAAUUUAAGUUAAUUUAUACAUUUCAUCUGUUUGUUCACGUUAAGAUUUCUGGUUUCCCAUUCCACCAGGGAAAAUGGAAAUUAUUUUACUUUUGUUCCAAUCUGUUGAUUUGAUUCAAAUGGCUAUUAAAAAUCAGGGGGGAAAUCAGGGAAUUUUGAUAAGCCAACAAAAUCAAAUGUACUAAAUUUUACAUUAUAGUCUCGUAUACUGCAAACAGUUCACUGAAAAAAUAUAAAAUAAAAUAAAAACAUUGAAAACAUGUGAUGCUGGAAAAAAUAGUUGAAACAAUUAUCAUGGAAUCUUGAGAUGUCAUUAGGGAUAAACCUGUGAAUUUGUUUUCUUGAAAUGCUUGGAAACCUGGAAAAUGUAGGGCUUCAUGUGAACAUCAAGAUAUUUCUUGAUGGGGCCUUUCAUAAUAUUUGCAUUUACUUAACUGCAGGGGGAAUGUUUCACCAAUUGAUAUUUGUCUGAGCCAAUCAGAUGCAAUGUGGUUAUAUGUUUCAUGAAAUGCUCUCUAGCGUUAGUUUAAAAGACAAGGCCACCCCAACAAAAAGUUGAUUUUAAUAAAAAGAGAAAAAAAUCAACAAGCUUAACAUUGAAAAUCAAAUGUUCAUCAAAAUUGGAUUUAAAAUCAGAAAGUUAUUACAUUUUAUAAAGUUUUGCUUAAUUUCACAAAACCGUUAUAUGCACAUCCUGGUUGGUAUGCAAAUGAGGGGAUUGAUGAUGUCAUCCAAUUACUAUUUCUUUGUAUUUUAUUUUAUGAAAUAUUCUAAUUUUCUCUUCAUUGUCAUCCUCCCUGAACACGUGGAAUUUGCAUUGUUUAAUGAUAUGUAUCGUUCAAUCAAGUUGGUCCUUAUUGUCAAAUCUGUAAAAAUGAAAUAUUGUAUAAUUAAAAAAAACACCAAAUAGUGAGUUGUGCAUAUCACUGUUUUGUAAAAAUGGCGAAACUUAAAAAUUUCAUAACUUUCUUAUUUUACAUCCAAUUUUGAUGAAAUUUUCAGUGUUAUACUAAUUUGAUUUUUCUCUAUCCGAAUCAAAAAUUUUCUGGGGUGGACUUGGCCUUUAAACCAGUCACUUUACGGUCAGAAAUAUUCUUAUAAGAAUAUUUUGUUUAGGGUAGAUUUGACCUACAGUGUACCUUAAUGCUGGUUUCUAAUUUUGUAGAUCUACGGCAAGUGAGAAGAAUAUGCAUGUAACUUUAAAUGAUUGAUUUAGUGUGUGGUCAAGUAUUACUCAUUUAAAAAAAAAUAAUUUAUUUAACAAUUGACCUGAUGAGGCAAUGAUUUUAGGGGUGGAUCUGUGUACAUGUAAAUGUUGUAGCAAGACACUGUUGAUUCUCUGUUUAAUUUCUCACUGAAUUCCCUUUUCUACAGAUUUCAAUCAAAUGUCUUUUUCCACUCUAGUUCACUUAUGAAAAUGUAAAUUUUAUGUAGAAUAUUGUAAAUAGAAUGGAGAUUUAAUCUGAAA